AUGAGAGCAAGGCUUGUAAACGGUUUGCCUUACUUAGGACGUGAUGAAACCAGACCGACGUCAAUACCACUCAGCGAAUUUGUUGUGAUGAAAUUAGUUAAACCUAUCACCAAUUGUAAAAGAAAUAUUACAACUGACAAUUUUUUUACGACUGCAUCUCUGGCUGCAAAAUCAUUGGCGGAAAGGACAACGUUAGUGGGAACAAUGAGUGCGAACAGGAGGGAAUUGCCCGUACUUGCAAAAACAUCAAAAGAUAAUUUGCAACUUCUUUCAACAAUGGCAUACAAAUCAAAUGACUGUACGCUAACGAUUUAUAAAUCAAAACCAAGAAAAGAAGUAGUUAUACUGAGUACCACACAUAAAACCGUAAAAAUCAAGAACAAUAGAAAGAAGACACCCGAAACAAUCAUUUACUAUAAUAAAACAAAAUUUGGCGUCGAUAUAGUUUACCAAAUAGCACGAAAGUAUAACGUUAAAUCGAAGUGCAAUAGAUGGCCUGGUGCAGUUAUUUUUCAAUAUUUUGGAUUUCGCUGGAAUCAAUUCGUGGAUACUCUAUCAGGAAACAACUGGGUUGAAGCUAUCAAGGCAACGCUUACAAUUAGCAGACGAGCUUGUUACAGAGUACCUCGAAUUUUGUGA